AUGAAUGAAGAGCUUGUGAUGGGUGGUGCUGGGAUGGACGUGGAGCUAGAUGAGAUCAGCUUUAGAAGCAAAGGCUUGGACGACAAGGUUCUAUGGCUCCGUUACAUUGCGAUCGUUCGUAGAGGAAGUGCGAAAGUCUUCAUUCACAAGCUCCCGGACAAGUUGACGGCUUCCGGACAAGGUGGAGGAGGCCCUUUGAGCAUCCAGGAGCUGAAGGAUACGAUCGUGAAUUCCGCAGGAGCCAGCCGAAUCGCCGUUGGCAGUGUCUGUCACACAGACAGUGCAAAGGCAAUGGAGACACAACUUCAUGAGCGAGUGCGCACCUUUCAGUUUUUGCAUUGGUUUUCCUUUACGGAUGCUUUUCAAGUCUUUGCGGAAAUGCGCAAGCUUGAGCGUGCUUCCGUUGGCUCCGUAACGUGGGCAAGCUUGGCUAGUUUUGGAAAGGGAAAGGCAAAGCCUUCCACUGCCCCUGAAACGAAAUCUGCAGAGGAGGUUCCUGCUGUUUUGGUGCCUCCUGCAGAAGAAUCGCCUCAGCCGCUUUCACUUUCCUGUGAUGAAGAGCACGAGCCAGUGUAUUCGGAAGGCGAGGACGUUCAAAGCGAACUUUUCGAUCCCGAAGAAGAAGAAGAGCUUAUUUUUGACAACAAAGGGAUCAGAGUCUUGAACUAG